GUGCCUUGGGAUAUCUUCAUAUCAUUUCAACUCCAAUAGAGAGAAAGAGAAUGGGGAGAGCACCUUGUUGUGAGAAGAUGGGAUUGAAGAAAGGCCCAUGGAGUCAUGAUGAAGACCAAAUCCUCAUUUCAUACAUACAACAACAUGGUCAUCCUAACUGGCGUGCUCUUCCGAAACAUGCCGGUUUGUUAAGAUGUGGAAAGAGUUGUAGACUUCGUUGGACCAAUUAUUUACGACCCGAUAUUAAGAGAGGAAACUUUAGUAGAGAAGAGGAAGACACCAUCAUUCAUCUACAUGAAAUGCUUGGAAAUAGAUGGUCUGUAAUCGCAACGAAUUUACCUGGCCGAACUGACAACGAAAUAAAAAAUGUUUGGCAUACUUAUUUGAAGAAAAGACUUGAAAGUCAUGAGACAACCAGCCAUGCCCCAAAAAGACAUAACACCAAGUCCAAACGUGAUUCAAGCAAUCCAAAUCCAGAAGAAUCUAUUGUUUCACAAUGUCAUGCCCAACCACAACAAAACUCCCAUGACGAGGAACAACUAAUCUAUGUUCAACCAUCGUGUAGCGAGUCUUCAUCUGAAACAGAAACAACGACCAAUUCAUUUGAUGUAGCUAAACAUGAGGAAAUCAAGCACGAGACAUUUCUUGAUGAUAGUUUCUGGUCGGAAACAUUAUCUGGUGAGGGUGACGACAUCAUGGAAUCUAAUCCAACGACAAACAUAUCAAGUGUUGAGUUUUCAUCGUCUCCACUCAAAAUUAUAGAGAAUGAAGACAUAAGACAUCCAUAUGCUGAUUGUCACAUGGGUAGCAUAGACCUAUGGUACGACAUUUUCACACGCAUUGAGGAAUUACCCGAGUUACCUGAGUUUUAGUUUAGAUAUCCAUUUGUAUUCUUGUUAUGACCAAAAUUAAGCAC